GCGUUUUUAACCGGGACAACAUGGCGACCACCGCAGCGAACAGCCGUUACUACAGCGAAGACGGCAGGGCGACCAAACGACAGAAAACCGACGGAAUGGCCUCGGUGGGUAUCUUUACGGUUCACACUGCUCAAGGUUUUUAUUUUUAAUCAGAUAGAAAACACCGCGGCUCUGUUUUUGUUCUUUCAUUCAAAUGUACGGAAUUAUAACCAGUAACGAUGCGGUGGUGUUGCGGUUCAUCUAGUGCCGUUGGUGGAAUCAAACUCUAGUUAAUAUGAUUAUAACCGAGUAAAUAUCAAAGUUAUUAAAGGAAGUGCUCAUAAAUGUGAAAGUUUGGGUUUAUUUGAGGGCGGUUUCUGAGCCCAGUGGGCCUCCGCAGCGCCAGGCUUUGUUCUGGUACCGGUGUUCCGCUCAGAUCUGCUACUUCGUCUAAAUUAGCACUUUUUAGUGUUUCCGAUCACGAACAAAGACUAAAAUUGAACAAUCGAGCCCAGUAUGUUCCGAUCUCUCCCCCAAACCCAAAAGUACUGAGACCAGCGCAUUUCAGCAUUUCUCCUGUCAGAUAAAGAACGAAUUCGAGUGUUUUUGAGUAUUUGAGUGUUUUAGUCCAUUUACUGUAAGAGAAACGGGAACGUUAUUGUCAUUUCUUUAAUAAAAAACCUUUUUCAGGAGAAUCAGAUCGAUAGGAAUCAGAUUGUGCUCCGAAGUCGUGACAAACGCACAAGAUUAUAAAUAUGCGCAUGCGUACAGCCGUUUAAUCGAUAGGAAGCACUAUUCGUCGUAACACCGGCCACAUUAGCAUCUCGCUAGCCUUGAGCCCCAAAGUUGUUAUCAGGAGGAUUAAAUUGACCCCAUAUAGGGGGUCGUGUUGCUGUUUUACUGUAACUGAGUGAGUUUAUUCACCAUGUCUUCAAGUUUAAGGGAAACAUGUUUAUUUUAAAGAGUUAAUCUUCUUCUUUAUCCCCAAACUAACUGCUCUACAGCCAUCAGUUCUACUGAAAUCCACAGGAUUAGUUAGAGUGGCUUUAUCUCCUCAAACAGGUUUUCAUGCCGAGUUUUCAGUAAGUGAAGGUUUCCCAUCAGCUGUUCUUGAUCUCAGAGAUCUUCCUGAAUCCGCCUGUCUUUGAACAGAAACAUGAAGGUGUUCAGUUCGAGGUUCACUCUUAUAGGAGGGACAUUAAGCUCCUUCAUACACAUCAUGAUUUGGAUACAGCUCACAUGAUUUUUUCCUUUGCAGGGAUACGAAGAUCCACACAAGACCCUCCCGUCUGUGGUCGUACACAUCAGAGGGCUCGUGGAUGGCGUCACAGAGGCCGACCUUGUGGAGGCCUUGCAAGAGUUUGGAGCAAUCAGGUAGAAAAAAAUUAGUCCCAUAAGUCCCCAUAAGAACCUAAAAUUUCACACCUUGAAAAGGAACCUGCUGACAGUAGGAUGGAGGUUAAUUUACAGCUGCUGCCGUGGAAACCCUCACCUGCUCUUGUUUUCAGCUAUGUGGUGGUGAUGCCCAAGAAGCGCCAGGCUCUGGUGGAGUAUGAGGACAUGAACGGAUCAUCCACAGCGGUCACGUACGCUGCAGACAACCAGGUUUACAUCGCAGGACACCCAGCUUUUAUUAACUACUCCACAAGCCAGAAGAUCUCCAGGCCGGGGGACUCCGACGACUCACGGAGUGUAAACAACGUCCUUCUGUUCACCAUCAUGAACCCCAUCUACCCCAUCACCACGGUAAAUACACCGCCUUCAAGCUGUUGGAGGGUCUGAGCUGAUAGAGAGAGUGAAGAGGGUGCAGGUCUGGACAGGCAGGUUAUAGAAAUGUAAACAAGAGUAAACAAGCCUGUUUUCAGAGUAAGUAACGGAGUGAGCAGGAUCCACAUCGUUCAGCUCGGCUGCUCUGAUCAUGUUUACGAUUGUGUCUUCGUGUUGUUGGGAUCAGAACCUUCUGAAAGUAGAAACUGAGAAGUUUUCAUGUUGAAAUGUGUCGGUAGCUGCCAAGAGCUAAAGGUAAAACCCAAACCCCAAAGUUCUGCUUGAAUUCAUGAACAAACUUCUGUCCUCUUCACGUCUGAAUCCUCUUGGUCUGAUGAUCUUGUUUUCUGGUUCUGCUGUGGUUCAUCCGUCUCUGUAUUCAGCGGGGAUGUUUUCAGCUGUCUUCUUCGCUGACGUUAUAACGCUGCACGGAUCUGUAAACGUGGCCUUUAGUUCGAUCAUCUGUCCUGCUUUAAAAACUUCUCUCUCCUGUACCUGUGAUGAUCCUGGAUCAGAUGUUUGGAUGAUGUUUGUCUUCCUCAGUGGAAACUGUCUCACCUGGAGCAGAUACAGGCACCAGCUCAGAGUAGGGUCACUAAAGGUCAAAUGUUCUUGUGUUUUUGUCCGUUUCUAAACUUUGUGCACUUUAACAGGAUGUUCUCUACACAAUCUGCAACAACUGCGGGCCUGUACAGAGGAUCGUCAUCUUCAGGAAGAACGGCGUCCAGGCGAUGGUCGAAUAUCCUUUUCAAAGGAGACAUUUGGUUUCAUCUGUCCUUCUGUAUUUCCAUAACGUAGAAAAAGGUCGACGCUGACGGACCUUUUGAUCAAAAGUAUCCAGAACUUCCUUUAAAGAGGAACUAAAUGGUCUCUGUGUCCCGCCAACGUCUGCAGGAGUUCAGGGUCAAUCAUGUAAAUCAGAGCAGCAGCUGGUGAGCAGGAUCUGAUGUUCUCUGAGAUCUUCAGGUUUCUGCUCUGUCUCUGCUCGGCUGCUGUCUGUGUGUAAAUGAUGAAGCAGCUUCUUAUCAGACUAACCUCCAAACUGCUUCAUCACCUAAGGCGCCGUCUGAGGUGGAGGAACAACGACCAUAAGCUGAGUCUAAAUUCACGUUUUAAAUGUUUUACUGCAGAUCAGAUGAGGUGAAAUAAGACCUGGUCCACAGCUCCUCUUCUGUGGUCAAACCAGAGUCUCCAGGUCAUUCAAAAGUCCAAACCCACCAGUAGGAGCUUUUUAGGGCGUAGAUCUUCAACCCACCACUAAAUCUAGACUCUAGUUCCUGCGGUCCAAGUGGAUCCCGUUCCUCUCAAGGUUCCUGGAUAGAGUUUCAAAAACCCGAGCAGUGAUUGAGGAGCUUCAGUAAAAGAAGGUUUUCUGGUUUGUUGGUUUGUAUUCAUGCUUAAAACCGGUUUGACCAAAUGUUGAAGAUUUAUUUUCCUGAUAGAAAUGUGACGAUGAUGCCAUCGAGGCUUCUGGCAACCUGUCAAUCACAAAGAGGCGGGUCAUAGAUGUGCAUACAGCUGCUGAUCAGUGCCUGUAUCAUCCCCUCUGUAAUCUCUAAAAAGAUCUGAUGAUUCAUUUGUAAGAUCCAGGUUUUACGGUGUUCUCCUUAAUCCUGUCCUCACAUUUGACUCUGUGCAAAGCGCCCAGCGAGCCAAAGCGUCUCUGAACGGAGCCGACAUCUACUCUGGCUGCUGCACGCUGAAAAUCGAGUAUGCCAAGGUAACGUGACAGAAAAGGACACUCAUAGGUUUAACACUUUGAUAAUCUUAUCCGAACUAUCUCCAAGAGAAAUGAUCUUAAAUACGUCGACCUGGAAAAGGUUCAGAAUAAAGGGACUGCAGUUUUUAUUGAAGGUCUUUGAACCGAUGAUUUCCAUGAAUUCACUGUUUAAAGUUUGAGAUGAUUUUUAUUGAUGUUGAAACUUUAAUUCAUUCAUUUAAUGAACUCGUGUUCCUCCAGCCAACUCGUCUGAAUGUGUUCAAGAAUGACCAAGACACCUGGGACUACACAAACCCUAAUCUAGGAGGUCCAGGUAAAACCUUCACACACACCCCCUCAGUGACUCGGUGACGGCCGCACAUGUUUGUAAUCGUUCUUCCUUUUCUGUCAUGAAGAGAUUUGAGCUGCAAACAAAGAAGACAUGUCCUUCUUUCUGCUGCCGUUGUGUGAUAUUGUGUGACUGUAGUGUUGCUCUGGGUCUAACCCUCACAUUUCACAACACACAGAAAGGACCGGGUUCAAAACCCAGACAACCCAGCAGUAACAGAGCCCUGCUGUGUGGUAGGAACGGCGGGCGCACGUUGUAGACAAAUGAGGUAACACGCCGUCAAGAUCAGCUGAGUUCUCUGAGGCGUGCGCUCGGUCACCUGACCUGAAGACAGAAACUGUCGAGAGUCUUCCUCCGUGUCUGGAGGCUAGCUUUCUUUACCGCGGAGGAAUGUUGUCGCUCUGGUUUCCCUGACCUGAAGGUUCGCUCCUGAAAACACUUCAGACCGAGUAUUUCUGCUCAUUACUGAGUCUUUACGCCACAUUACAUAACAACGAGUCAGAACAGCGAUUAAAGUGGAGACGUUUAAAAACAGAAGUUAGAGGUUCGACACUAAAACAAAAGAAAUGAACCAGAAUCAACAAAGAGUCUGUCAACGCUAAAAGAAUCAGUGCAGGAUCAACAGACCCUCCCCCGGCACUCGGCUCGUGUUUCUCCUGUUUCCUCGUUCUUUUUUGGCCGUCUGGUGAGGUUAGCGCUGAAGUCAGAUCAGCUGAUGGCAGAGUACUGGAGAACGUCCCAAACAGAAUAAUAUAAUAAUAAACAGAAUAAUAUAAUAAUAAUAAACAGAAUACUAUAAUAAUAAUAAUAAUAUAAUAAUAAUAAACAGAAUAAUAUAAUAAUAAAAGUAAUAAACAGAAUUAUAUUAUAAUAGUAUAAUAAUAAUAAUUAUAAUAAACAGAAUUAUAUUAUAAUAGUAUAAUAAUAAUAAUAAUAAUAAACAGAAUAAUAUAAUAAUAAUAAACAGAAUAUAAUAAUAAUAAACAUAAUAACUUGAUAAAAAAGAUCCUGAUGAAAUGUUGAAUUUGAUCCUGAUGUAAACUCUUUUUCUUUAGACAGUCGGCUGCAGUAAAAUCGCUGAUCUGUGGGUCAAUGAAUUCGAUUUCUGAUCAUUUUAUUAACAGACGAGUUUUUUCUAUGAUACAGAAAAAAUGUGGCGCCUGGGUUUGAAUCGUUCUGGGACCCUCUUCCUCUGUUGUAGACGCAGGUUUCCUUCUGCCCCGGCCUUUCCUACCACACUGGAUCUCAGGGUUUUCUGUUUUUGGUGAUUCAAGUGGAGAAGUUUUGAGAAGUCCUGGUUUGAGGAUGUUUCUCAGAGACGCUCUGAUCCUGGUCCUUUACAUUCACAUUUUAGUGUUUGUAGUUUCUUCUCCAAACGUCUCUCCGCUGUAGUUCAGCGCUCUGCUCUCUCAGUUUCACUCAGUUCUGCUAAAGUCGUGAUUUUUCUCUGAGCGUAAACCAGAAUCAGAGACAAGUCCGUCUUCAACCUCCUAAUUCUUUUCCUGAUCUCAGCAAAGACCCGAAACAUUCACUGAAAAGGCAAAUACAUGCUGACAACAUCUCCACCCAGCAACCACCACCAUCUCUACUCUCUUCAGUGAGGACACAACCACUAUCAUACAAAGAGGGGCUCCACCCGCAGCUCCACAUGAAGAUGUAGGACUGAUACCAGCACUCACGCCUCAUCUCUGCAUUCCUGCACAAGACCCUCGAAGACCACAGACACUCGGAGAGGGUGGGGCGUUUGGGGCACUGAGCUACACUUGGUCCCCUCCACCUUCCUCCUUUCUUACCAGAUCUGACACACCCACCACUGUCCACACCAAACGGAGACUGAUACCCAAGAAGACACAGCAUCCAUCCAUCCAUCCACCCAAACAGACGAUAAUCAGCUGAUCACAUGAUUUUAUUACCCCGUCUGUCCUCAAAAACAAAAACACUGACGGAGGCCGUCAGGACUGAUUAUCCAAUAGAUGAGACACACCAAUCACUUUGGAGUCAACACAACUGAUGAAGACACUGCUGACAACACUGCAGCACACUCAGAGCCCACUCAGAGCCCACUCAGAGCCCACUCAGAGCCCACUCACUGUCUCAUGUGUUUCUCCCUCCUGGAGUUCAGCUCUUCUCUCUCUCUCUCUUUCUCUCUCUUUCUCCUCAUCUCAUCUCUUCCUCCUCCUCCUGCCUACAUGCAUCCCUCCUAAGCUUUCCCUUUUAUGAGUGAAGUUUUGAAACAGAAUGACGUUCGUCUCUCGAACCUGUGUAACACCUUCCAUGUGAUGCAGGUUUUGGCUUUUAACGCCCGAGAAGACUGACCUGUGCUCUGGCAGCUUCAAGGUCUACCGGUGGGGGUAAAGUGGACUAUUUGAAAGGAUGGAAACCCCCGCCUGCCAAACCACCAGCCAACCCACCCACGGGCAUUUCAACUUAAUAAAAGCAGCAAUGGAUGACCCCUGACCCCUGAGCCUGUGGAGUUGUUUCCCCAAAGAGGAAGUGGAUUAGGGGUGUGCGCUGAAAUGAAAUGAGUGGAGAGUGGGGGGACUUCUUCUUCUUCAGCAAAUCUCUUCUUCCUACUGUUUGUAAACCUGCAGUAAGUAAAAGAGACCUUCUCCAGGAACAUUCCUGCACAGCACCACACAACCCCAAAGCCCGACACCCACCACGGGCACACAGGACUGAUACAGCAGCUGCAGUAGAUCCCCUCAGUCUCUCUCUCUCUCUCUCUCUCGCUCUCUCUCUCCGUCUGUAGAGGGUGGUGGUGCGCUUCUUUAACCUCAUUAUUAACAGAUUUGUCUGAUCAUCUGUUUUGUUGCUCCUCUGUUAGCCGUCGUGUUGUUUAAGAGCGUGAACGUUUACUCCUUUUAACGACAUCGUUUCUCAGAAACCAGACGAGCUCUUUGUCUGUGCGCCGCGGCGGCGGCGGCGGCUGCUGUUUGCUGCAUUAAGAGUCUGCGUGUCCUGAGUGAAGCUCUGCUGAGGUCGUGAGACACUCAGAACUUCAAAAACAACAUUUAAAAAAAAGAGUCAAAUAUGAGAAGAAACGAGUUCUUCAGACUCAGUUAAUAAAAAAAACUAACAAAAUGUUCAAAAUCAAAAGUUUCUUUUUUUUGUAAAAAUCAGUUUGAUGUAAAAAAAAAAAACUUCAUUUUUUAGCCUCUGGUCCUGGUCCUGGUUCUGGUUCUGGUUCUGGUUCCUUUAGUCCAGAUCCUCUUUGAUCUUCUGUAGACGAUGAAACCAGGACCUUUAUUCUGUUUGCUCACGCGGUCUCUCACAGAGUCCUGAACCUCAGAGACGAUCCUCAACGUCUCCGACUUUUACAGGUUCCUUUAUUUGUUCCCUUCCUCGCUCCUUUCCUUGUUUUCUAUCCUUGUUUCCUUUCCUUGUUCUUUUCUAAAGUCUGUUGCUUUCCUUAAAUUAAAUAUUUUUUUAGUUUUUUUUUUUUUUUUUUUUAAAGUUUCUGAUUUUUUAAAUUUUUUGAUCUUUUUUCUGAAUCAGUUUUUUUUGUUUUUGUUUUUGUUUUAGUUUUUUCAAAAUAAGAGUCUUAUAAUAAAACCUUGUUUGUCUGGCGCCCCCUGGAGUCUUGACCGAGGAACAGUGUGUGUAUUGUGUGACUCAGCGUUAAUGUUCUGAUUGAUUAUUGAUUAUUGUGUACCUGUACAGAUGGUGAUGCAGAUGGCAAUGGCAGCACUUCAGGUGUGUGUUUUUACUACGAUUGUUAUCAGAGUGACUUUGUCCUGACCUGCUUCAUGUUGUAGCUCAUCAGCGCCCCCCUCUGGUCAAAACCUCUUUUUCCUUAAAGGGAUUUUCUUGAACGGAUUCGUCUCUAAACCUGAUUAGCUGUUCUGUCCCCCCCCACAGUUUCUCUUUAGAUGCAUGUUUCUGUAGUUUUAUUGAUCGUAGUUUCACCUGAAAACCUUUUUAGUCUCGAUAUUUAAAGGUGUUUCAUUUUCAUGUUGAUGUCCGUCCUCCUUCUUCUCUCAUAUUCAUCUCUCUUCUCCUCCUUUUUUGUCUUCCUCUCCUCGUAGAAGAUGUGAACGCCAACCCAAACAAGCGGCAGAGACAGCCCGCUCUGCUCGGAGACCACCCUCCGGAGUACGGUAAGACGCCGGCUCACCUGUCACCUGUAGACCGACACAUAAUCCAGAACGACCUUCGUCUGCCGGCGCCCCGGAGAUCCAAACGGAUCCUGUAAUCCGUCUCAUCAAACUCUCCUGUUCUUUAGGAGGUGGUUACCAUGGUUACGAUGAGAGCUACGGGUCCCCACCCUACGAGGGACGCCGCAUGGGUCCACCAAUGAGAGGACGCGGUGGAAGAAGUUACGCACCGGGCUACGGACCUCCUCCCCCUCCCCCUGGCGAGUACGGCGGGCACGCCGAGUCUCCGGUGAUCAUGGUGUACGGACUGGACCCCGCUAAGAUGAACGCAGACCGCGUCUUCAACAUCUUCUGUCUCUAUGGAAACGUGGAGCGGGUCAGUAUCUAUGAUCAGACGGACCCUGACCCUGACCCGCUCAGCCGUCCGAACGCUCUAAGAUGGACCCCGACCCGCUCAGCCGUCCGCACGCUCUAAGGAGGUUCUGUUUGGUUCUGUUUCACUCCUGACCUCUGACCUCUGACCUCUGACCCUCUGAACAGGUGAAGUUCAUGAAGACCAAACCUGGAGCCGGGAUGGUGGAGAUGGGAGACUGUUACGCUGUGGACCGAGCCAUCACCAACCUGAACAACAACUUCCUGUUCGGACAGAGGAUCAACGUGUGGUGAGAGAGAGAGAGAGAGAGGGAGGGAGAGGGAGGGAGGGGGAGGGGGAGAGAGAGAGAGGGAGAGGGAGAGGGAGAGGGAGAGAGGGGGAGGGAGAGGGAGAGGGAGGGAGGGAGGGAGAGAGAGUGGAGAGAGAGAGAGAGAGAGAGAGAGAGAGAGAGAGAGGAGAGAGAGAGAGAGAGAGAGAGAGAGAGAGAUACUGUUUUUUGAGGGGGGGUUGUCUGAAGGAAACGCUGUAAAGAACUGAAAAGCAAAAUGGACCCUCACUGCUUCUCUCUCUCUCUCUCCCUCUCUCUCUCUCUCUCUCUCUCUCUCUCUCUCUCCUCUCUCUCUCCUAAACUCUCUCUCUCUCUCUCUCUCUCUCUCUCUCUCUCUCUCUCUCUCUCUCUCUCUCUCUCUCUCUCUCUCUCUCUCUCUCUCUCUCUCUCUCUCUCUCCCCCUCUCUCUGUCUCUCUCUCCCUCUCUCCUCUCUCUCUCCUCUCUCUCUCUCUCUCCUCUCUCUCUCCUCUCUCUCCUCUCUCCUCUCUCUCUCUGUCUCUCUCCCUCUCUCUCUCUCUCUCCUCUCUCUCUCUCUCUCUCUCUCUCUCUCUCUCUCUCUCUCUCUCUCUCUCUCUCUCUCUCUCUGUCUCUCUCUCUCUCUCUCUCUCUCUCUCUCUCUCUCUCUCUCUCUCUCUCUCUCUCUCUCUCUCUCUCUCUCUCUCCUCCUCUCUCUCUGUCUCUCUCUCUCUCUCUCUCUCUCUCUCUCUCUCUCUCUCUCUCUCUCUCUCUGUCUCUCUGUCUCUCUCUCUCUCUCUCUCUCUCUCUCUCUCUCUCUCUCUCUCUCUCUCUCUCUCUCUCUCUCCCUCUCUCUCUCUCUCUCCUCCUCUCUCUCUGUCUCUCUCUCCCUCUCUCCUCUCUCUCUCCUCUCUCUCCUCUCCCCGCUCUCUCUCUCCUCUCUCUCUCUCCCUGCUCUCCUCUCUCUCUCUCCCUGCUCUCCUCUCUCCUCUCCCCGCUCUCCUCUCUCCUCUCCCCGCUCUCCUCUCUCUCUCUCUCUCUCUGUCUCUCUCUCUCUCUCUCUCUCUCUCUCUCCCUCCUCUCUCUCUCUCUCUCUCUCUCUCUCUCUCUCUCUCUCUCUCUCUCUCCUCUCUCUCUCUCUCUCUCUCUCUCUCUCUCUCUCCCUCUCCUCUCUCUCUCCUCUCUCCUCUCUCUCCCUCACCCUCUCUCUCCCCCUCUCUCGUGGCCCCGCCCCCCUGCAGCGUGUCGAAGCAGCAGGCCAUCGUCCCGGGUCAGUGUUACGAGUUGGAGGACGGGACGAGCAGUUUUAAGGAUUUUCACGGGUCCAGAAAUAACCGCUUCACGUCGCCCGAGCAGGCGGCCAAGAACCGCAUCCAGCACCCGAGUAACGUUCUGCACUUCUUCAACGCCCAGCCCGACGUCACGCCGGAGGUUUUCUCGCAGGUCAGUGGAGUGAACAAAAGUGUGUCUGUCAGCUGAGAUAAAGAUCCAAUCAGAACUCUCCGUGUUCUUCUUCCAGAUCUGUGAAGAGAUCGGGGUCAAAGGUCCCGUCAACGUGAAAAUGUUCACAGGAAAGAGUGAGCGCCGCUUUGAUCCGACCUUUGAUUUAUGAAUCCAGAUUCUGGAACCUUCACCGUGAUCUAACAUCUGUCCUCUAACCAUCAGGCGGAGCGGCGCCCAGUGACCGCAGCGCCUCAGGUCUGCUGGAGUGGGAGUCCAUCAACGACGCCAUGGAGGCUCUCGCCAUGAUGAACCACUACCAGAUGAAAAACGCAGGUAAGAGUGACGAACAUCCGAGCUGCUGUAGAUCCACGGGUUCAAAGUCCGCUCUCAAACCCGGGUUUGUUUCUUCCUCUCCAGCUGGUCCGUACCCCUACACCCUCAAACUCUGCUUCUCCACGGUCCAGCACACUAACUGA